GAGGAUUUCACACAGGAAGGGCCAAGGUCUCACCAGCUUCCCCAAAUGAGCGCGUGGCAGGGGGGGGCAGAGCCAGUGGGGCCGGAGUCCCCUUCGCUGGGGCCAUGCGCCGGGAGCUGCUGCUGCUGCUGCCCCUGGUGGGGGCGGCUGCCCAUGAUCCCCGGUACCAGAUAACCCAGCCUGUGUCCCUGUCGGCGCCGGCCGGGGGCUCCGUCACCCUGCCCUGCACCUUCACCUACCCCCGCGAGAUCGAGCCACUGCAGGACCUCCGGGUUUACUGGAGACGGGGGGGAUUCAAUGGCGAGUUUAUCUACAAUCACACCGAGAGAUUCACCCACCCGGAUUACGGGGGCCGCAUCGUUCUGGUCGGGGACCCGUGGGGGAGCCGAACGGCCUCGAUCCGCAUCGACCGGCUGCGGGAGUCGGACGCCAGCGAGUACGUCUGCCACGUCAGGGUGCAGAAGAACAAUGGCAAAUGGGAGCAAUGGCGCAGUAACCUUGGGACCAACCUCACGGUGACAGCUCCCAGACUCACGGACAGCACGUGGCACCCAGAAAUGGUCACAACUGGUGCAGCGGAUGCGGGGAGAAUCGACCCCCAGCGCAUCGACACCGUUCACCUCGUCCUCAUCGGCCUCGUCCUGGUGCUUUCCAAGGCCGGCAUCUGUGGCCUGGUCUUUGCCCUGGGCCGGCGGCUGGGCUGGGAUCACGGCCCAGAGAGCGUCACCGAGCAGGUGUCAGGGAGCGACGCACUGUCAGCGUCACGAUUUGAACUCACCUCCCUGGCACUGCGCUCUCCGCCAGGCAUCCCCGGGGAAUGACACCGUCCAGCAGCAGUAGAAGGCUGUUAUCCUGCAGCGAAACACCCACUAGCCAGAGCAGAGAGGGAUGGAUAGGGGAGAGGGUGGGGAUAGAUAGAUAGAUGGAUGGGGUGGAUGGGGAUAGAUAGCAGGGAGGUGACCCCCUGGCACACCAAUAUUCACCACUGUCAUGUAAUGAGGAUCUGUUUGUACAAAGUCUGCCUUGUGAGGUAUCAUUCUAAAAGUCUUGAUCUGCUCGACAGUAA